AUGGCAAGUAAAAAAGCUGGUCAUGAAGCAAUAUAUUCAAUGCUGCUAAUGGCAGUUCUCACUGCAACCUUGGUCCAACCGGGGACGUCAAUGCCGCUGCCGACAAAUCCAGGCUUCCUUCCGGGAUAUGGAAAGGCCGUGAUCGAGUGUUGGUCGCCUCUGAUGAAGAUUCCGGGAUGUAUUCUCCAUGUUUAUGAGUCAAUUUACAAUCUCCAAUUUCGCAGCAUUGGAAGUGAUUGUUGCGAGGCCUAUGUCUCAGUGAAAGGGAAUUGUUUGCCAAACAUGUUUCCAUUUAAUCCUUUAGUCCCUUCAUUGCUUUAUGGAUAUUGUCUUGUCAACAACCAAGCUCUUCCUCCCACUGGGACUAAUUGA